AUGUUGGUUUUAGCACCUUUUGUUUUGUUGGUGGUUGCGGUCGCUGCGUUGCAAAAUCCGCACCGCAAGGCUGCUUCUUUCAAACAGCCUUCGAAGAGUCUGCGCAAAAGAGAAGUCUCUGCUGUUCGCACUGAGCAUCAGUAUUUGAAUAAGAAGACAGAAAAAUUCGCCGUGAAUGGAACUCACUUCCCGCAAGUUCCUUUCGACAUCGGCGAAAGCUAUGCUGGUCUUUUGUCUAAUACGCCUGCUGGGAAUUCGAGCUUGUUUUUCUGGUUCUUCCCGUCUACUAACCCAGCUGCAGAUAAGGAGAUCACUGUCUGGCUGAAUGGAGGCCCUGGAUGCAGCUCGCUUGACGGUCUGCUACAAGAAAACGGUCCAUUCCUGUGGCAAUCUGGAGUCUAUGAGCCCGUGCGGAACCCGUAUUCAUGGACCAACUUGACAAAUCUUGUCUACAUCGAUCAGCCUGCCAGCACUGGGUUCUCUCCCGGGCCAUCCACUGUUAAGAAUGAAAUCGACAUCUCAAAUCAAUUCAAUGACUUCUGGGUGAACUUCAUCGAAACCUUCAGCAUGCAAGGCUACAAGGUUUAUCUCACCGGCGAGAGCUACGCUGGCCAAUACAUCCCGUAUCUGGCAGAAGGGAUGCUAAACCGAAACGACAAGAAACAUUUCAACCUGAAAGGCAUCCAGAUCAACGACCCAUCUAUUAACGAUGAUAGUGUUUUGAUCUACGCCCCAGCAGUGGCCGCCUUGAACCACUACUCCUCCGUCUUCGCCCUGAACGAAACCUUCAUGACCGAAAUUAACCACCGCGCCGACAAAUGCGGCUACACCGACUUCCUAGAAAAAGCCCUAACCUACCCCCCGCCCAAGAAUUUCCCGACAGCACCAGACCCCAACACUCCCGGCUGUGACGUCUGGGACGACAUCAUAAAAGCAGCAACUUACGUCAACCCCUGCUUUAAUAUAUACCACCUUACAGACUUCUGUCCCUUCCUCUGGGACGAAAUGGGUUUCCCCUCGCUAGCCGGUGGACGAAAUAACUACUUCAACUCCUCCGCCGUGCAGGCAGCCCUCAACAUCCCGCCAACAAACUACGCCGUCUGCGGCGGUGAUAUCUUCGAAAACGGCGAUGGUUCAGUUCCCAGUGCCCUCGGGCCACUACCCAGCGUUAUCGAGCGCACUAAUAACGUCCUCAUCGGUCAUGGGUGGUACGAUUACUUGCUCUUCGCUAAUGGGACUCUCGCCACGAUUCAGAAUAUGACUUGGAAUGGAGCGCAGGGAUUCCAGAGACCUCCUGACGGGCCUCUGUUUGUUCCAUAUACAGAUGCUCUUGAGGCUAUUGCUAAUGGAGUUGUUGGUUCGCCUUGGAAUUAUGAUGCUGGUGGUGGUAUCCUUGGAACGGCGCAUACGGAGCGUGGUCUUACGUUCAGCUCGGUUUAUACGGCUGGUCAUGAGAUUCCACAGUAUACUCCCGGUGCGGCGUACAGACAUUUGGAGUUCUUGCUGGGCAGGAUUAAGAAUCUUCAGCAGAAGGAGCCUUUCACGACUUUGUAA